AAUGAGGCACUGACCUACACAGGCCCGUCUGCCGACGAACUGUUGAGGCCAUUUUUUCGGGAAAAUCGCUGCUCUUAUCGGAUAGAGAAUUACUGGACCUACGAGUUGUGUCAUGGCAAACACUUGAAGCAGUAUCAUGAGACCAAGGAACAGGGCAAGGAGCCGAAAGUUCAAGAAUAUUACCUUGGAAUGGGAAACCACCAUGAACAGAUGAAAGAUGCCGCCGACAUUCCGGCAGAAGUCACAGCCGGUGUUCCUGUCAGGUCUGUAGAUGGUGUUGAGCUGCCUUACUAUGAGGUCAUCAUGGAUGGAGGUAGCAGGUGUGACUUGACGGGCAAGCCACGGAAAGCUCAUGUCUUCUACGUGUGUCAGCCGGAGGGCAUGGGGGAGAUCUUAGAGCUGAAGGAGAGUUCUACGUGUGAAUAUGAAGUUGUGGUCCUUGCCUCCUACCUCUGCAGCCAUCCAAAGUACAGACCCAAGAGCCAGCCAGUCAAUGAGAUCAAGUGCCACGCCAUGCAUGGAUCACCCCUCAAGCCGAGGGAGCUGACUCAUGCAGAAGUGGAGUCCAGAUAUUUGCAGGAUUCUGGCCAGGACUACAUCAUGCAGUCAACUUCCACUGAAGCUCCAGGUUCCAGUAGACAGAACAAGCUGCAUCGCAAGCAGCCGGUCAUCAGUGGCCAGGUGGGUGAGCCCAGUGUACAACCAGACCAGCAGUCGGCACUUGGAGCUGUCACAGACAAGCAGACUUUACGGGGUUUCCUCACUGGUAGUCAAUGCUUGAUUGGGGGGGCCGGCUGGUGGAGGCAUGAGCUCUGUUUUGGGAGCUUUGUGACACAGUUCCACAGUGAGAAAGGCAGGGAUGUCAACAUUUUCCUGGGCUACUGGAACAAGGAUAAACAUGUCCAGUGGCUGAAGGACAACCCCCAGAAACAGCCACGCCCUGCAGAUGUCAGAAAGCAUGUUUCUCUCUUCUAUUCUGAUGGCGAUGUGUGUGAUUUGACCGGCAAACCUAGAACUUGUGAAGUCAGAUUAAAGUGUAUAGAGAACCUCAGGAACCCUCAUGCAUUAGUUCUUGUGUUGGAGGAACCUGAGUCGUGCCAGUAUGUUUUAACUGUUGAGUCUACAUUGUUCUGUCCCAUUUUAAAACAUGCAGAUGAUGAUGGUUUGUUUAAUCAUGUUGAGCUGUGA